UUCGGAAGUAGAGUUACUGUGAAGCUUGCGUCCUUUCUGAGCACGUGUGGUCAGUGAUCUGUGAUUUUAUGGACAAAAGGCUUAUAUACCAUUUCAAACAGUGGGAUUCUGAAAACAAAUGAAACUGAACCAAAAUGACGCGCAUUUGUUGUACAUUUUGUAAUAUGUGUUUUGGAAAACCAUCUCGACUAGAGGCACACCUGCGAAUACAUACUGGAGAGCGUCCGUAUGUUUGUGAAUGUGGCAAAACGUAUACACGAAAACAACAUUUAACUCGUCAUGCUUCGAAAUGUCAGAAAUCUAUUCCAAAAAUUAGCUUAUCUAAACAACAAGAGUCAAUGAAAGCCGAAAAGACCUAUUCAUGUUCACAGUGUUCUGCUGGACCUUUUCAAAAAAAGAAAAUGGUAUGGGCUCAUAUGGCUAUGGUACAUCGCGAACGGAAACACAUAUGUGACAAAUGUGAUCGAGCGUUUCCUACGGCAUCUAAGCUUCAACGUCAUUCGUCAAAACAUCAUGGUUACACUUGUAAUCUGUGUUUUGAACAAACGUCUGUAAACACGGAGAACCAAGAAUCAGUUACCCCCAAACCUGUUCACUUUGAAAGUUUCGCAUGUUUGAGACGCCAUAUUGCUACAGCGCAUCCCAAAACACCUCUACAAUGUUCUACUUGUACUAUGCGCUUUACAAGACCUAGUGCACUGGCAGAACAUGAAUCUACGCAUACUCCUGGUGGACCGUCUGUAAGACGACGUUUUAUUUGUCCUUUAUGUUCACCUAAAGUUAUAGAAGAUAAAAAUAAUAAUAAUAAUUCCAGUUCACAUGAAAAAGAUUGUUCUGUUGCAUUUACAACUAAAAGAAAUUUAGAUGCACAUAUACGUUUAGUACAUACUGAUUUCAAGUUUCAUUGUACAUGGCGUGGAUGUCCUGUUCUUUUGUCUACUAAACAAAAAUUGAAUGAACACAUGGAACGUCAUCGACUAGGCAAAUCAUUUGCAUUCAAAACUCGUUCCAAACGUUAUUCACGCAAUGAUUCAAGUAGUAGUAAUAAUAAAAAGAAUACAAACAAAGGUUUGUCGUCAGAUAAUAAUGAAGAUUAUUGGGAGACAGCUAGUCAAAAUAGUAUUUUUGAAUUAUUAAAUGAUGUAAUUGAUUGUUCAGCUAAUUAAGUUUGUUUUUUGUGGUGGUUUUUUUGGUCUCUGAGCUGGUUGUUUUGGUUG